GUAGGACAGGACAAGCUUAAAAAAUGUCAACAAUACAAUGUUUUUCUAAAACUUGAGUAAACAAAUCAUUCCAUACGAGACCCACAUAGCUCCUACAACAUUCAACAUAGUUAGUUAUCAGAAGUCACUCGACUUAGCAGCCGGGAAAGCACAAGCAAGUUUAAAUUUUACUUUACUUUUCAUAGAAUCUAGAUGUGAUACACAUGUCAGUUUACAAAUCCCAAAAUGCUGCCAUUCGUGAAAGAAAAUGUACCGACACUGCUACUGCAGCCCGCGAGGCUCGCCUUCUACGCGAAUCUGCACUUGAGGCUUCCUGGGGACGAGGAAAUGUCCAACUCCACCUUGGUGCUGUCCAAAGAUAUGAAGGUGUACGAGUACCGGCGCAAGGAACUUGUUCACUUCAUUAACUUGCAAGAUUCCCGUCUGAAAAAUCUAAGUACAGAGCUCAAGGACUAUCAGGGGCCAACUAGCAGCUUCCUGCGAAAGGAAGCGACAUCCAAUGAAGCCGGUUCCUCUAAGGAGCUCGACUGUACAAUGCUGUACGUGCCCGAAGAGUUGCAGAUCGCGUUCGGAAAGUACAUCUGGAUGCAAGAAAAAGUAUAUGUCUUUGUCCACUGCUGGAAGCUGCUCUUGGUGCUUUAUAGACCCAAGGAAAACGGAGCAAACUUCGAACUGGUCGCCGAGCACGAAGCAGUGUCAUCCUUCAAGAUGGUUAUCGGUCCCAUCCCAUAUCAGGCUAUUGUGGAACUGCAGUUCGAAAAUGGAAAGAAGAUGCGAACGGACUUCCAGACCGAUACCCAGAAUGAUGAACCCAGCACCUCCGCUGGUGGGCCGCCAGAAGCCACAGAGAGCUUUAAAGAGUUGCUUGAACAAAUAAAUACCCUAGAAGCAGAGCUGUCUGCCGCGCGACAGCAGACACAGAAGGACUUUGCCCUCUGGCAGGAUCAGCAGCUAUUUGGGUCGCCCGCCCAGCGUUCUUUGCUCCUGGAGGAGAAGCAGGUGGUUCAUCGGUUUGGCGAGGUGUGGAUGAGGGUAUGCGGAGACUUCUUGAUCUGUGGCACUCUGCUUAUCAAUCUAACUGGCAUCAAUAGGCUUAACAUUGUCUAUGAUCUGAAGCCGCUGGUCAGGAUUGAGCCACCAAAGAGCUUUAGGAUGCAUCACCGCCUGUUUGAGCUUCCCGUGCAGCCAGAUGGACAGCCACCAGAAGAUUUUGACAAGAUCGCGCAGUUCUGGGCCUGCCAGGAGCAGCAAAGCAGAAGAUUCAAGUGGCGGGCCGUUUCCAAGGAUGGCCAGCUGCCCCCGGAACGCUCUGCCGUAAUGUUAGUACGCCUAUCCCUAAGUGAUCUUAUCGAUGCGGAGAAGUUGCAGUUAAUGGCGAUUUAUGACAUCAAGAGCUCCAAGGAUGCCAAAGACUCUGAGUCCCGCCAAUUGAACCUCAUUACCGUAGAUGUACCCCAACUACUUGCGAAGCUGGAAACUUUGACUCCAACGUUUCUACCCAAAAGCCUGCAUCAGGAUUUCCUAACUGUGAUUAUGACACAAGAGGCGCAAUGCGUCCUUAAGCUAAAAUUCAAGGAGGCCCACGAUUGUGGGAGCUUCGAGGAGCAACUGAUUUCUAAAAUGCAUUUUGAGUUAUUUGAGGUACAGGAUAAAAAAGAGGAUCAGGAAAUGAACUCGGCAGAUUCGGAUAUUUUGGAUGCCUCAAUUCUUUCUACUUCACGUCCCCAAAUUUCAACUCCCGUCCAGCGCAUCUUCUACAACCGCAAACCGCAUUCGCAAUGGUUUGGCAUCCUCAUCCUACGCGACGACCCCGGCCACUACUGGCACAUCUAUGCCCCAACGGAAACUCGCCUCCAGCUGUUGGUCCAUCACCUGAAGCGCGAUCUUCUUUUGCUGAACUGUAAUGUCACUCUAAUGGAUAUUAACGAAUAUAUCAGUGAGCCCGACAAUGUCGCUCUCGAGUUGGAGAACAGUCUGCGCGAAGAGCUGCUGGCGUGGAAAGAUCUGCUGGAAAACAAAGAUGAAGAUGAGGAGGAUGAUGAAGAAGAAAAGAUGGACAAGUACAAAUCGAAGCUAUCUAAUAUCCACAGGCUGCAAUUCACUAGCGAUGUCCUGGUAACAAUGUUAAGGAGCCAAGAUGCUCACGAUUCGGACACUGAAGAACCCAAUGCAUCUUCUUAGGUAGGACCUUUUGAAAUCCUUUUCAUUCACGACUGAAAUUCAAAAAAUAAGUAAUGAAGAGCAUGAAAUGAUGCAGGAGGAAGAGCAUUUCUGAAAGACAUUAAAUCCAUUUUCUGUGUUGAACACUUUUAAAUUAACUGUUGCCCAAGAAAAGACCGUAUCUUGAAUAAAAUUUAUGUUUCAAAAA